AUGUUGACAGCAGUCCUUGCGCGGCCGCCAAAGUCAUCAGAAACCUCAUUUCUAGCGCUCUCAGGAACAACUCCGCGCCUUACAGACAACCCGGGCGUAUUAAAGGUCUGUAUACCUUUCGGUACAGAGAAUCCGCAACGGACCCUGAUAUCGCUACAAAGGCCUGGCCCUGGCGGAGCGUUCCUCAGUCUUUCUGGUGGGAAAGAUAGGGCACGCCUGAAAAAUGUGGUGUCAAAACGUGAACUGUUUCAUCUGGAAAUUGUUCCAGGUACCCUUGGGAAAGGCUUUGUGAACGGCCCUUUCGACCAUAAUCUUCCGCGGUUAACCAGCGUGGAAGCGCUCUCACACGCAGUACUAGAACUCGGAGUACGUUUUCGAUUGAGAAGCGCCCACUCCCGCGUUCUGCGCAGGGGUGAUGGGGAUCAAAAUUUCGUUGCGGUGGUACAGAAUGGACCAAAGACGUCCAUACAAGAGACCCAUGAAAAGGAACUACUUUUCAGUGGAUUCCGAGUGGACGGCGCAGUGUCCGGGUCAAACGGUCAUAUGCGAGCUCUUUUCGUGAUCAAGGACGUAGAGAGCGGGAAGGUCCUCAGCGUAUCUAAGUCCAAUAUAGCUCAGAGCCGCGCAAAAACACUCUGCGAGUCUGCUGCAGCUUUGAUCCCAGAGGGGAAUGCUGUUAGCCCACUCUGUGUGCAGUCGCGCCAAGUUUGGGGUGGCAUUUACUUAGGUAACGUCAAGAUGCGAGGCGGUGAUGAAGCAGGUGCAGUACAGGUCGACGAGUGGCUCAUGGCAGGUCCAAAAGGGCGGCUUGAAGUGCGCACCAAUCGGUCGUCUUGGGAAUCGUUUACAAUUGAGUUUGUAAGACAGUCUUUCGCGAUGGCUAUUAACGAAUUGCCAGAGUCUCCUUUGUACGCAAUUGCAAGCGAGACCACCCGUUCGAACAUUCGAUCGGAGAUUGCUGCAAGAGUAGGUAAAGAAGAACCGAAGGCUGCUAGCACUCUGGGAGCAUCCUCUAAAAAGAAGAAAACAGGAGGAAUGGACUAUUCUGCAGCACUCGCAGGACUAGCUGAGCCUCCAAAAGUGCCGGUAGUGCAGAAAUCAGAGGGCAGUGCGGCUAAAACCAGCAAAUCUGCCAGUAAAAAUGCCAGUUCGAAGGCUGGCACCAAGGGAAAAGGGCAACCGGCAGCUGUAUCUGCAGCGGCGGCAGCUGCUGCUACCUCAGCGUUGCCCAGAAAUCAAGCAAAUCGGAAAGCGGCAAAACGCAGGAAGAAAAAGCAAAAGGCCAAGAACGCAAAGCGAAACGCAGCAGCAGCACAUGCAAAAGGGGUGCAGGCUGCUGCGAGUGGUGCGACAGCUGGGGGAAGUAAGAGCGUGGACGCAAGUAAUACCACAGACAAAUCUCCCGAUGCAGGCAAGUCGACUGUUCCCCCUGAUGACUCUUCGCGCUCUUCAUCUAAGGAAAGUUCCCAGGGUGGCUCCGGACCGCCAUGCGCAGCAUGUGGUCGGAUGGUGGAGGGCACAUAUACCACAGCCUUAGGCAAGAAUUUCCAUCCUCAUUGUUUUUGCUGUGGAAAGUGCAGAAGGCCCAUGGGGGCUGGGGCGGGUCAGUUUAGAGAACGAGGAGGGAUUCCUUAUUGCCAAGCCUGUUAUGCAGCGCAUCUUGCAUCACGGUGUGCGCGUUGUUCGGAACCAAUCAUGGACACCGUUAUCACUGCCAUGGAGAAGACUUGGCACAAGGCUUGUUUGACCUGCACGAUUUGUAGAUUACCUUUAACCCAAACCUUCUGGUUGUACGCUGACAAACCAAACGAGCCACGAUGCAGCAGAUGUGUCACGGGAAGUGAAGAGUAUAAUGGUCGUGGCAAUGCAAGUGGCAGAAUGGUUAACUUGCCGAUGUUCGGUCGAAACAAUAGGCCAUCGCUUCCUGUCGGUAAUCCGACUGCAGGAGCGGGGUCGUCUGCUGCCGGUGGAAGAGCUCGAUUAAUGAAUCCAGUGCUCCCAGCAACAACGCGACGAUAG